ACGAGAUCUGUAGCGAGAUCCCCAGCUCACCGGCAAAAUGGCGUCUGCCAUUCUAAGGUUUGGCAACCUCACUAGGGUUGUCAACACCUUCAAAUGUAUAUCUUACCGCCAACUACCGCAUCUGUUGCAACGCCAGAUUCAUCUCCAAACAUUAAAUUAUGAUGCGAUGAAACUCUUGAUGCCAGCGCUGUCUCCAACGAUGUCUGAGGGCACAAUUGUCAAGUGGUUAAAGAAAGAAGGUGAUGUGGUGGGUCCAGGGGAUGUAUUGUGUGACAUUCAGACAGACAAGGCUGUGGUCAGCAUGGAGAACGAGGAGGACGGAAUCCUGGCUAAAAUUCUGGUGCCUGACAACACUAAGGAUGUGAAGAUCGGGACGUUGAUCGCGGUGAUGGUGGAGGAGGGGGAUGACUGGCAGAAUGUGGAGAUCCCCGCUCACACUGCCCCAGAUACAGGUCCCCCUGCCCCUCCUACACCACCUCCCAGCACACCCAGCCCUGUUGCUACCCCUGCUGCAGCAGCAACAACAGCAGCAUCAGCGUCAGUGUCUAGCAAGGACCUCCAUGCUGCAGGGGUAGGGCCGUCUGUGAGGAAGCUGGCAGAAGAGUAUGGUGUCAGCCCCGCCCAAGUCACUGGUACCGGCCCACACGACAGGGUCACGAAGGGGGAUGUGUUGAACUACAUCAAGUCCAAGAACCUAGCCAAGAGAGAACUAAUGGCAACCCCAGCUCCAGGGCCAGCAGCUGCCACACCUUCUUCAGCCCCACCCCCCCAGGCUCUGCCUCCAUUAGAGGGGGAGCCUUUCACAGACAUCCCCAACACAAGUAUGAGGAAAACUAUUGCCAAGAGACUCACAGAAUCUAAGACAACAAUCCCCCAUUCCUAUGCAUCAAUGGACAUGAACAUCGGACCUGUGUCACGACUCAGGAAACAACUCGCAGAUGAAGGUGUGAAAGUUUCGAUAAAUGAUUUUAUCAUCAAGGCAGCUGGUAUUGCUCUGCAGCGGGUCCCCAGAGUGAACUCUAUAUGGCAGAACGACGGUGCUCAACUCCUUUCUAGUGUAGAUAUAUCUGUUGCCGUGGCAACUGACAAUGGACUUAUUACUCCAAUUGUUCAAAAUGCAUCGGCUCUUGGAGUAGACGAAAUAUCAUCUACAGUCAGGGAUUUAGCAGGUCGGGCGCGAGAAGGGAAGCUCAAAUUACAUGAAUUCCAAGGUGGAAGUUUCAGCAUCUCCAACCUUGGAAUGUUUGGAAUCAGCGAAUUCUCGGCCGUCAUUAAUCCGCCUCAGACAGCCAUCAUGGCGGUGGGCACGUCCCGCGUCACACUAGGCGACGACGGGCGGCCGCAGACCCGCAUGACGGUGACCCUAUCUUAUGACUCUCGUGUGUUAGAUGAAACCGAGGCAUCCCAGUUUCUGGAAGUGUAUAGUGAGGUGAUGGAAAACCCCAGCUUUAUGAUCACUGGAUCCAAAUUAUCCGGCAAGGUCCGAGCUAGUUUUUGACAAAGCAAUCUCAAGGACAUCAUGUUAUGGAAAGGGCUCAACUGGAAAGAGAUUGUUGUGGUUACCGGUGCACUGUUCCAAGCGAGCCCACUAAGGUGAUGGAAUAUUCUGUCCAGAGGAGGAGGCUUCAGCCAGAUACAACAACAUCCUCUCAGGGAUCCAUAGAUGAAGAGUUAGAAUACCUGUGUAAGGGUACAUGUAGGCAUAGGAUGCAUUGCAUUAAUGCACCAUCUGUUCCAUCUGUGUGCAUACAUAAAUAUGUGUGCAUCAAAUGCAGAGCAGAUCCAGGAUUUACAAAAGGGGUGUCCAUAAUUUCAUCAUCAUUUACUACAUGAUUUAGACAGCUGCUGUCAAUCUGUCAAUUGUCGGCUUUAAACAUCAAAUUUUCGUGGCCCAACACAUACCAAAUCAAGACCAAUAAUACAGCGGGAUUAGGACUCCUGGUCAUCUGCUAGAGAAUUUAUCAUACGUUGAUGAGUAGUUUUGCCCUGCAUUUACAGCUGGAAGAGAGUGGGACUGGAGAGUGGGACAGGAGAGUGGGACAAUGUCUGAGAGGGACUGGGCAGCAGAGACUGGGCAGGAGAGACAUCUUCCAUCUGAGGUCUUAUUGUUACUACCAUUUUGAAAUUCGAGAGAUGUGCAAAAAAGUGCUAUAGGUUGUUUUCUGUUUUAUUGUUGUGAAUGUUAGUGGGAGAAAUACCCCGAGAUGUAUGGGUAAGCAUAUUUGUUGAAACUGGUGGAGUUCUAUAUAAAACAAUUUUACACUCCUCGGAAACUGGUUGCAUUUAUUGGAAAUUAAUGUUUAUGUAUUUCAAAACACAUGAUUAUCUAAAACUUAACAUGUAUGCAACUGAAUAUGUUUAUAUUUAUCAACGUAACUAGAUAUCUCUCAAUGAAUAUGUCUGUCUUUAUCAGGUUUCUUCUUGUGAAUGUUUCAAGGAACACAAGUAGAUAAUACAAUCGCCUUUAUCAUGCCUCUUUCGAUCAUUUUAGUUUUACAGGUUGGGCAUACUUCUUGAGUUUGUCCUUUUAUUCAAGCAUUCUCUACAAGUCGAAGAGUUUGAACAUGCAGAGCGUAUUUCUAGUUAUUCUGAUGAAGUAUAGUUGAACUAAGGAACUGUUCACCUUUUGUUCAGAUUUGUGGCAACAAUUCUUUGAAAAGUGAUGGUAUUUCUCCAUGUUUCCUACGCACUGUAACCAAUGUGGUCCUCCUGGAUACACUGUAACCUGGAGAGUAGAGGUGUGAAAUAAAGGUAUGUUGUGUAUGUGA